UGUGAGAGAGGGAGGGAGCAAUGUAAACAGCUUUGAUUCCAGCACAGUCAGCUGAAAUCCAGACUCUGGCGCAGUAGCACUCAGGUCGCUCUGGGGUGGAAGUAUCAGUUUGCUUUUAUAUACUCUUUUAAGCACAGCUUUAACAACAGUUUCAAAUAAAAGAAGAGAAGUAGUUCUGAGAGGAUUUGGAUGUCUACAUUUAAAGGGAACUAGAAAAUAUUCUGGUUGACUGUGAAUAGGGCAAGGAUGAGGUAUCCAAAAGGGCUGGUCUCUGAAGUGGAAGGAAGAAAUUCAUACAGGUUUGGAACAACAUGAAGAUCAUGCCCCCUAGAUAGCAGACUCUUCGCCUCGCUGGCUGUCGGCCCCUCCGGAUAGGAGAGGAUGCCUCCCCGGAAGCGCACACGGCCCACCCUGGGCUUCCUGUGCUGCUUCAGCAGCAGUGAACCCCCUGAGAUCAACCUGAAAGACAGUGUACCGCUGCAGCUGCUGGAGUUCAGUGCCCCCAUGCCCCCGGAGGAAGAACUGCAUGCCCGUUUCUCUGAAUUAGUGGAUGAACUGGAUCUCACAGACAAGAACAGGGAAGCCAUGUUUGCUUUGCCUGCUGAGAAGAAAUGGCAGAUCUAUUGCAGCAAGAAAAAGGAACAAGAGGACCCCAACAAGCUUGCUACCAGCUGGCCUGAUUACUAUAUUGACCGCAUCAACUCCAUGGCAGCUAUGCAGACACUAUUUGCUUUUGAUGACGAGGAAAUGGAGAUGAGAAACAAGGUGGUAGAGGAUCUAAAGACAGCCCUCCGGACUCAACCAAUGAGGUUUGUGACGCGCUUCAUCGAGUUGGAUGGCUUGACGUGUCUUCUGAACUUCCUGAAGAGCAUGGACUAUGAAACCUCAGAGAGCCGCAUACAUACAUCCAUCAUCGGCUGCAUCAAAGCCUUGAUGAACAACUCCCAGGGCCGUGCCCAUGUACUGGCCCACCCCCAGAGCAUCAACACUAUCUCCCAAAGCCUCCGCCAGGACAACAUCAAGACCAAAGUGGCUGUGUUGGAGAUCCUGGGUGCUGUUUGCUUGGUGCCCGACGGGCAUAAGAAAGUAUUAGAGGCAAUGGUACACUACCAGAAGUAUGCUGCAGAGAGGACUCGCUUCCAGUCUCUUUUGAACGAGCUGGACAGAAGCACAGGACACUACAGGGAUGAAGUAAAUCUGAAGACAGCCAUCAUGUCAUUCAUAAACGCUGUACUGAAUGCUGGGGUUGGAGAGGACAGUCUAGAGUUUCGCCUUCAUCUUAGAUAUGAGUUUCUGAUGUUAGGAAUUCAGCCAGUCAUCGAGAAGCUGAGAGCACAUGAUAAUGCCACGCUCGACAGACAUCUGGACUUUUUUGAGAUGGUGCGGAAUGAGGAUGAGUUAGAACUGGCCAAACACUUUGACAUUACACACGUGGACACCAAGAGUGCUGGGCAGAUGUUUGAGCUGAUCAAGAAGAAACUGAGCAACACAGAUGCCUACCCCCACCUUCUUUCUAUCUUACAGCACUGCCUCCAAAUGCCAUAUAAACGUGGUGCAGGCAGUAUACAGCAAUGGCAACUUUUAGACCGCAUCCUUCAGCAAAUUGUUCUACAAGAUGAGAAGGGAGAAAAUCCAGAUGUUUCACCCCUGGACAAUUUCAACGUUAAGAACAUCAUUAGAAUCUAUGGAAAGCAACGCAUGUCAAGGCUUGUCAAUGAGAAUGAAGUCAAACAGUGGCGAGACCAAGCAGAAAAGUUCAGAAAAGAGCAUGUAGAGCUGAUGGCUCGGCUGGAAAGGAAAGAAAGAGAGUGUGAGACCAAGACACAAGAGAAGGAUGAUAUGAUGAAGACACUCAACAAGAUGAAGGACAAACUGCAGAAAGAAGGAGUGGAGUUGCGCUCUGCCAGGGAGCAAGUAUUAGACCUGUCCUCCCGCAUUAGUGACAUUUCAAAUGGUGGAGUUCAUUUACCCGUUCCCCCUCCGCUUCCUGGGAGCCCGAUGGCUCCGCCUCCACCACCUAUGAUGAUGGAUAACUUCCCUCCUCCUCCUCCACCUAUUGCUUUUUCCAACCCACCCCCACCACCUCCUCCACCUCCCCCGGGGUGUCCUCCACCCCCACCUGGGGCCCCGCCCAUCUUUUCUGGGGUUCCACCUCCACCUGGACCUGCUUCCAUUAGCUCCACAACCAGCCUAUGCACAAAGAGCAUCCCACAACCUUCACAACCACUAAAAUCCUUUAACUGGUCCAAACUGGGAGAGAACAAGAUCACUGGUACCAUCUGGUAUGAGAUUGAUGACAGAAGGGCCUUUAAAGUUCUUGACCUAAAGGACAUUGAGAAGAUGUUUUCAGCUUACCAGAGGCAGCAAGAGCUGCUCACUAACCAAUCCUUCAAGCAGAAAGAAACAGGAUCAAUGGAUGACCUUUAUCUGAGCUCACGCAAAGUCAAAGAGCUGUCUGUUAUUGAUGGACGGAGGGCCCAAAACUGUGUCAUCCUGCUUUCCAAGUUAAAAAUGAGCAAUGAAGAGAUAAAGAGAGCCAUUCUGGAGAUGGAUGAGAGGGAGGAGCUGGCUAAAGACAUGUUAGAGCAGCUGCUGAAGUUUGUUCCUGAGAAAAGUGAUAUUGACCUUCUGGAGGAACACAAACAUGAGCUUGAGCGCAUGGCCCGGGCUGACCGCUUCCUGUUUGAGAUGAGCAGAAUCAACCACUAUCAACAGAGGCUCCAGUCUCUUUUCUUCAAAAAGAAGUUUGCAGAGCGUCUAGCAGAAAUAAAACCAAAGGUUGAAGCUAUUCUGUGCGCAUCACGUGAGGUGAUGAGAAGUAAGCGCCUGACACAGGUUCUGGAAGUGGUUUUGGCUUUCGGGAACUUCAUGAACAAAGGACAGAGGGGCAAUGCGUAUGGUUUCAAAGUGUCCAGCCUCAACAAGAUCAUAGACACCAAGUCAAGUAUAGACAGGAACAUCACCAUGUUGCAUUACCUGAUCAUGAUCUUUGAGAAAAAUUACCCUGACAUCCUCAAUAUUCAACAGGACUUGGCCACGAUACCAGAAGCUGCCAAAGUCAAUCUGGCUGAGCUGGAGAAGGAAGUGUUCAUCAUUAGGAACGGCCUGAAAGCUCUGGAGGCGGAGUUACGAUACCAGCAGAGCCGAGCAUGUGACUGGGGAGACAAGUUUGUCCCAGUGGUCAGUGACUUCAUCACAGUUGCUAGCUUCAGCUUCUCUGAACUCGAGGAACUACUCGCUGAAGCCAAAGAUAAGUUUUCUAAGUCUCUGAAGCAUUUUGGAGAGGAGGAAGGUUGCAUGCAACCGGAUGAGUUUUUUGGAAUAUUUGACAUCUUCCUGCAGUCAUUCAGCGAGGCCCGACAUGACCUUGAGAACAUGCAGCGACGCAAAGAGGAAGAAGAGAGGAGAAUUCGCAUGGAGGCCAUGCUGAAGGACCAGCGGGAGCGAGAAAGACGAGCAAAGAAAAGCACCGGAGGCAGUGUGUCAGAGGAGGUGGGGGAGUUUGAUGAUCUCGUUUCGGCGCUUCGCUCAGGUGAAGUCUUCGACAAGGACUCUAAACUUAAACGCAACCGCAAGCGCUCUGUCAACCAACUGGCAGAUUGUGGGGGUCGUGAAAGACCAGUCACCAAGGUGAACUAUUGACCUCAGUGAAUACAGUCAGAAGGAGAUCGGAUUUUUAUAUUUACAGACUGACAGGGAAUUCUCUUGAAAUGCCAUACACUGCCCUCUAUUUUCUUUUUUUGCUCAGACCAGUAAUAACUGACAAGCUCAACGAUGGACAGGCUCAUUGUAAGAUAGUCUGGUUUAUCCACAGAUGUGAAGGAUGCCCUGCAAUCUUUCUCUCUUCUUGUUUCUGCUUGUUCCUCCUUCUUGAUAUGUACAGUCACUCACACUGAUCUCUUACUCUUGUUUUUUUGUGGCGAAAUGCACAACCUGAGUUCCAGUUUGGAAGAGCAGUUCAGUCUGGUGCUGCGAGGUCUCACAAUAAGUCAUAAGAGGUAGAUACCAUCCGAGUCACUUGUAGAAUGCAUACGGUUAUCCUUCUAACCUGCAAAGGUUAUUGUCCUUUCUCGGCUGCCCAUUUCAAUUCUCUAAUUUUAGGAGAUUGAGAAAUUGGUACCUCUAAUCUUCGGAUCCAACUGUGCUUUUGAAUUUAAAAGAUGCCUUCAGGUGCUUUAGGUGCUUCCUAAACCUGAAAAUGAAGGAAAAAAAGAAAAUAUUGUUCAGUCCUGGAUGUUGGAAUUACCACACAGGAAAUAUGACACUGUGGAUGCAGCCUUACAGGUUGGGAGACUCCUUCCCCCAAGUGCCUCUACACAUUAACAGCAUUCCAAGGACUACCUGUACAGAGAUACUGAUGAGAGAGAAGAGCACUUUCACAAAGACAUACAGAGAAUAUGAAAAUCGUAAGUCUAAAAUGUAUUUAAUGGCAGAAAUUAAAUGAACCCAUUGGAUUGUUAUACUUUAUCAUUUUCUCAUCUGUCACAUACAGCUGCACCUUUUAUCCUAAUGCCCUGAAGUAGCAUUCUAGGAGGAAGGGACAGUAGUUAUCUAGGAAGGAAAGCAGUUAUCUAUGAGCAGGUACUACCAUGUGUCUUCAUCACUUCUUCAGGUUAACAUAUUGAAACGCCUUGAUAAUAUUUAACAAAGUUAAAGUCUUACAUAUUUUACUAUCUAAAGGUGUAUAAAGAAAUGCUAAUUACCCAGGUCUGGAAAAAAAGUUGUCUCCAGAAUCUUGAUUUGUAGAGAGAUCCACUGAAUUUCAGACUUUGUUCUCAAGGUCAACAUUAUGUAACCCACUUUGGUUUUCUAAUAUUUUGUUCAUGUUUUAUUUUUUUUUAACAUGUACCUGUAUAUUAAGUAGCUGUAGUCAGGACAAAGGUUGCAGAUGUACAUACAAUGACCUUGUAGUUGGCAUGGUGUGGCAGAGAAAAUGGUGUUAGAGACAGGGAAAACCAGAACCUCUGAUAUGGAAAUAGACACAUAUAUGAAGGCAAUGAAUGCAGACAUUUGAAGGGGGAAUGUAGAUUCCAGUGAGAUGGUGAUUAUGGAUUGACAAAAAACCUAACCUAGCUUGUGUAUCAGCUCAUGUGUACUAAUUUAGAUUUAAUGAUUGAAAGUUGUAUAUUUAUGUUUGUUUGUUUAUUUGUUUUAAUACCAAAAAUAGUAAUUGUAGUCCUAUCUGUAUUAAGUCACUUUUUCGUGACUAAUGGCUUGAGAUUGCUUAUUACAAGUUAGUAUUUUUGUACAACAGACAGGUUUGACCUGAAAAGAGCAGAGAGUUUUGUCUGGGGCAUUUAGAAAAAUACAAUUAUUGCCCAAUUAAAUCUGAGCAUUUGUAAUUAGUUUGAUUGCACUUCCUAAGGAUUCCCCAUAGAGGCUCUUAUUAGAUCUUACGGCAAAACCCUAAUCUUGAGCUGCUUAAUUGGAGAUCAUGCAGAAUUAGGAAUGUGGGUUUGCACGAUUAACUGUUCUUUGUGCACCAAAAUGAAUAUGACCCAACAGAAGUGAAGACAUACACUUUGUUAGACAAUUUUAUAAUAAUACAUUAAGUACUAAAAAAGAAAGAUUAUAAAUAAUGUGACUUGCCCCUUGCCAAAUUAAAAUUGGGGCUAUUUAUUUUCAUUUCCUUUACUUCUCUGUCAUUCUUGUCAUGAGAAGAGUUGUACUGCAGACGCUAGAAGUUACAUUGUUCCACAGAACAACCUUGGUGUUCUGCCUUUUAACCUUCACAAGAGUAUUAAAAUAUUCAGUGUUAUUUGUAUUUUUUUUUUUUUUAUGUUUAUGUAUAUCUGGUGAUUGAUUGUCCAAAACAGAAAGGAAAAUAUGUAGCUAGUUGCUUAAUGCACUUUUUUGUAGGACAGACUUUUUCCUGCAUCACAAACCUGAGGAGCCAAAGGCUGAAAAAUAGAAAAAAAGAAAAUCUAAGUAUAUUUUUUUAGUUAAGGAAUAAGGCCUACAUAGAUUAAAUGUAAAUUUACCCAAUAAUCUGUGUUCCAUUGUUUUAUAAGACUGUUCUUUCCAGCUAUUUGAUUAUUGUGGAUUGAAUAUAGAAUUAUAUAGAUAUGAACUGUAGUAUGAAUGGUAAAGAAAACUGAUUAUCUUUGGUACAUUACAACAAGAUAUAUAUAUGACUGCAUCUGAAAGCACCAUGCCAACUGCCUAAAUGUAUCACUCACUUUUAUAUUUUAGAUAUUUUUGAAAUAUGUUUUGCCUCCCACUUCUGCUUGGUCCAAUAAUGCACUUGAUGUUUUCCCUAUUGGCUGGAGUGGGGCAUAGGAGUGGUUCUCUGAUAAUAUAUUGGUAUAUUAUUAUCUGUGACAUGAAAUGCAUCACACUUUGAAUGUGUUCAUGGAAUGCUCCAUCUAUGAUUUAGACAGCUUGUAUUUGUGCACCAUUUUAAAGGUUGAUUUGACAAGGGCCUCACAUAAUAGAUGUAUAGUUCUCAAAAUAUUUUGUACACCAUCAUAGUCAUUUGAAAAAAAAAAAAAAAAAGAAGGUGAAACUGAAGAUUGAGGAAUGUGGAAUAAGGAUUUUUCUUUCCCCCUGUAAAUUGACGCUCUAUUUAUUUGCCUUAGUUAUUUUGCUAUAUUUUGUAUGUAUCCACAGCAUUAUGAAAGAAAUGGUAAACUAUAUUGUGAUUGAUAUUUGUCAGAUAGUUUGUAUGAGAAUGACAAGCCUUUCAUUUAUAUAUAUUUGUUUGUUUAUGGUCCGACCCUCAACCCCCUCCACCUGACCCCCUUUCCAUGUGACAUUUUGUAGGGUAAAAAUAAACUUGUUUCACUGA